AUGGCGGACGAGUUACGUUUUGAUGGUCGUGUAGUUCUCGUAACAGGUGCUGGCGGAGGUCUAGGAAGAGAGUAUGCCCUUGCUUUCGCUUCAAAAGGUGCCUCUGUUGUGGUUAAUGAUCUUGGCGGUGAUGCUAAAGGAGGAGGAAAGAACAGCGCUGCAGCCGAUAAAGUUGUUGAAGAAAUCCGUUCUCAAGGAGGCAGGGCAGUCGCUGAUUACCACUCGGUAGAGGACGGCGAGAAGGUUGUCCAAACGGCUUUAGAUGCAUUCGGUCGAAUUGACAUCCUCAUCAACAAUGCUGGAAUUCUAAGAGAUCGGUCGUUCGGACGCAUAAGCGAUCUUGAUUGGGAUCUCGUGCAUCGGGUUCAUCUUCGUGGGGCGUUCAAGGUAACUCGAGCCGCUUGGCCCCAUAUGAGAAAACAGAAGUACGGCAAGAUCAUCAUGACUUCCUCCACCUCUGGCGUCUUGGGAAAUUUCGGUCAGGCAAAUUACAGUGCAGCUAAACUCGGUCUCGUGGGACUUAGCAACACUUUAUCCAUAGAGGGUUCCAAGUACAAUAUCCAUUGCAAUUCUAUUGUCCCAUUGGCAUCCUCUAGGCUGACCCAAGGUAUUAUACCCCCAGAUGUGAUGGAUGUCGUAAAACCUGAAUAUGUAGCACCUUAUGUCGUGUACCUCUGCCAUGAAAGCUGUCCAGAGACUGGAGGGGUCUUCCAGCUCGCGGGUGGUUGGGCUGCGGAGUUGAGGUGGCAUCAGGCUGCCGGGGUGGUGUUGUUUGGGAAAGGUGGUCAGGUGCCGACCCCAGAAAUGGUGAGAGAUAACUGGGAUAAGGUAACGGAUUGGUCAGGUCCCGCAAAAGAGUUUAGUAACAGUGGCAACUUUAUGGCAGAGCUUCUUGGAAAGCUGCAAGAAGCCAAAGAAGCAUCAGUGUUAGCAGAAAGUAAGGGAACCUCAAGCGUUGAAGAAAAGGUCCAGUUGGUGAAAGGAAAAGAGAUACAGUUUACAUACGGGUUCAAAGAUGUGAUCCUGUAUGCACUGGGUGUAGGAGUGACAGUUCCAGACGAUUCCCAUCUAAAGUUUCUCUAUGAAGGCCAUGAAGACUUUAGCACUUUGCCAACAUUUGGUGUAAUUGCAGCCCAGGUAAUAUAUACAACUGUCUGAUCUUGUCAGUUUCAGUCAUGUUUAUCUCGCCCAUAGAGAAGUGACCAGUUUAACAUGUGGAAACAAGCUACUUUAUUUUCUGGCUGAAAAAUAUGCCACAAAAAGGAUUGAGAGAUGGGGUAGAGAAAGGUCUCCACAAAUUUUAGAUGUCUUCUGUUCAGGCCCCAGUUGUUCAAAAGGUGGAUAGCGCUAUCCACUGGAUAAAUCUCUAUCCAGUGGAUAGUGCCAUAUUUAUUGGUUUCCCUAAUACUUAUCCACUGGAUAGUGAUUUAUCUGGCCCCAGUUGUUCAAAACGUGGAUAACGCUAUUCAGUGGAUAAAUGUUUAUCCCGUGGAUAUUGUAGUCGGUUUUCCUAAUACUUAUCCGCUGGAUAGUGAUUUAUCCGAUGGAUAGCGCUAUCCAACGUUUGAACAACCGGGACCUGGUGGAUAGCACUAUCCAACUUUUGAACAACUGGCUCCAGAAGAUUAGGCUGCAUUCACCAUUUUCUUAUAGACCACAGUGCACCUUGUUUUCCCCCGAAAAUGUUGCAUAAUCGUUGUUUCCCACUUCUCCAGGGUAUUACAGUCAUUCCAAUAGAAAUCAAAGACAAUGGUUAUGCAAAAUUUUGGGCAUAAACAAGGUGCAUUAUGGUCUAUGUGAAAAUGGUGAAUUCUCCCUCAUCAAAAUGCUAUAGGCAAUGAAAUCUAUAGGUGAAAGAAAAUCUGCAACUCUGCUUCGAAACCCUAGAUGCAUAAUUUCUUUGCUAAGUAAGAUACUCAAUGUAAGUAGUGUAAUAUAUGAUUUAUAAAAUGGGCAGAGGUAAGAUCAACCUUUUUUCCAGAGAGAGAGGCUUUAGUCAGCGGCAUCUUUGUGAUAUGAAUCUGGAGCUCAUGAUGGUUGUUGCAGAUUAAUUUUCAUUUAAUUUUAUCAAGUUGGUGGAUUGGUGCUGAUGAGAAUUAACCUAGGAUCAACUGGGCUUUGAUCAGAAAAAUAGUCUCUAGUGUAUUCAGUGUGCAGAAAUAUUGUUUAUACUCAGCCCAUUUUAAAGUUGUUUGUUGUUUCCAUUUGGUUAACCUUUUUUAUGUAGAAAAAAGCAUCUGUAUUAAAGAAUUAUUCCAAAAAUAGAUGUAACAAAUGAUGAUCCCUACCAACUUACAUUUGCUUUGAAAAUGUACUUUGUUGUUUGUUAAAACUUAUAUACAGGUCACCUUGCUUUUCACAAAUUAUAGGUUUUGGCCUCCCUAAAACGUUCGUUAGAGACAGCCUUGCUGAUCUUAGAUAUAAACGUCUAACUGUAUCACUUUAAUAUAUGCUUUGUUUGUUUCUCUUUAUUUUCCAGAGUGCUACAGGAUCUGUUACAGCAGCAGCACUGGAGGCAGCUGGACUUCCUUUUGACCCAACAAAGGUUUAAAAAGAUAUUUUUUAAGAUUAUGAGGGCCCUGAUAAGAAUUUCCCCAUAUGCUCUUUUUGCAAGCAACAAAAUAUGACAGUCAUACUUGCUAAUGUCAUGAGUUCUUCUGAGAGCCUUUGCUAGAAGUGAAAAAAAAAUCCAAGUGCAUGUGCACCCAUGCUCCAUGGCAUGUGCCUUCCCAGAAGGUACUUAGGCAUGACACAUACUGUCCUAUUACACAAGACCAUUUAAUGCUGAAACCAGUGCUGCAGAUAGCAAAUCAGAUUAGAGAAUUUUGUUACUGUUAUGAGUAAACUGUUAAAACUGCAGUCUGUACGUGUUAUGACAAGUUUAAGCUAUAUUGUCUUCAAGACAAUUAUUUUUCUAAUCCACCCCUGUAUUCUCCUAACUUUCACAGCUUCUUCAUGGGGAGCAGUAUCUGGAACUGUUCAAACCUCUGCCAACAGCAGCCACCUUAACAAGCAGGGCAGAAGUUGCUGACAUUCUGGAUAAAGGGAAAGGAGCUCUGGUGCUCAUCAACGUCACCACUAAUGAUGAAAAAGGAGAGGCUGUUUGCUUUAAUCAGUUCUCAUUCUAUAUUGGUGGUGCUGGAGGUUUUGGCGGGAAAAGGCGGUCAGAACAUGCCAAGCCACUUGUUUCCAUGCCCAGUCGUGCACCAGAUGCUAGCAUUAGAGAGAAGACAAGUUGUUGCCAAGCAGCAUUUUAUCGGCUUAGUGGAGAUUACAACCCAAUUCACAUUGAUCCUAAUUUUGCACAGAUGGGAGGUACAGUAUUAUUGCAGGUGUUUGGGUGACUUGUCUGUGAAAAUAUGAUGUUUGUUUGUGUGUGUGUGGUUUUUUUUCAUGAUACAUCUGCAAAUAAAAAGAAAUUUAGUGAUGGUUUAGCAUUGUUUGGGUUAUCAGUAAAUCAACAAAAUACAAAGUUUGUACAGUCCAUUUUGGAUGGAAAAAGCAGGGAUUUACCCAAUGAGCAAAAGCUCUUCAAUCUUCUUGGAAUGAUCUUGGAAGAUCAACUGCUCUCAGGGUAGCAGGGAUCCAUCUCCUAUGAAUAAUUUUGUCAGUGGGUGCAUGAACUUUAAUCUCACAUUGUUUGACUGCAUAAUAUAGUGUAGACCCUAUUACCCUCUGAUAAAGUGUAAGGUAUCCAUUCACAGAGCAUAAAAUUAAUGAUUGUCAACUUUCUUAAGCUGGAAACAGGAAAAAUCAAGGAAGGGUUCCAGCAAUUUUAUCUGAGAUUCUAGCUUAAUUCUAAUCAGUUGGAGGUGGAGAAAUAUUUUGUAAGCUUUUUUGCAUCUGUCCAGUCCAGUCCUUCAACAAUCUUGAUGACUAUAAAUUAUAUUAGAAACGUUACAAAGCUAUGACAAAAUAUGAAAGUUUCUUAUUUUGAAAUACUUGCUCCUGAAACCAUGAUUUGCUAGACUAGCACUAAAAAUACAGUUAUCCUUUGCUCUCCUUCAAACAGGUUUUUCAUCUCCUAUUCUGCAUGGCCUUUGUUCAUUUGGUUUUGGGGCUCGUCAUGUUCUGAGGCAGUAUGCGAACAAUGACGUCACUAAAUUCAAGGCCAUCAAAACAAGGUUUUCAAAGCCUGUCUAUCCUGGACAAACAAUUCAGACAGAUAUGUGGAGGGAGGGUAACAGAAUCUUUUUCCAGUGUAAAGUGGUAGAAAGUGGGCAUUUGGUGUUGUCAGGAGGAUAUGUUGACUUGAAGGACAUGGAUGAUGCCAAGACAACAAUGCCAGUAAGUUCUUGUUAACAACAUUUUAAGUGGUUUUGCUUCUUUUUGGCCAGAAAGUAAACUGAAAAUGGCUUGACCACUAGUAUGAAAAGGUGAAGUCUGCACAACACACAACAGGGUACUCUGGUGAGUUUUAGGUUGUUAACGAAGCCCUCUUAGGCGGGGUACAUAUGUCCUCAUUCUGAGUUUUAAAUAUGGUUGUUUCAUGAUUUGAGGAGAAGGCCAUUCCUCUGUCAGUGUUUAACCCAUCUUCAAGUUCAUCUUUGUCACCAUUUCAUCUAGAAUUAUGUCUCUGUUUCAAGGCCAUAUAACUUGUCGCAAUUUUGCCCCAAGAAUAAUAGAAUAAAAGAAAGGGCACAAGGGACAAGGGAAAAGUGUGCCUCGCACUUUGCGCUUGCACUCAACAACCUGCCUGAGUGCCCAAUAUUACCUGUUGCGCUAGCUACAAAAAGUGUUUGCUUGGCCAAAUCUCUAGGAGCAAACAUUUGGUGCAUUUCUUAUCACGUAAUUAUGCCUUUUCACACAACUGCCAUGUGAACAAUAGUUUCACAUGUAGUUGCUAAUAUGUAAUUCAUGCAACAAAAAAAUCUUGACUUGUUAUAUCUCACGGUGCUCGGCCAAAAUAGUCAAAAUAAAGCUAAUGGUUUUUUAUUCAUGUUGUACAGCGUAGUGGAGCCGAAAUGUGUGGAAUUUUCCCAGUCUUUACUUGAGGUAAUUUUGACAUAUUAAUGGUUUGGAUUAUUGUCUUUUUGAAACAGGAUGUGCAUGCGUUAGUCUCCAGUUCAGGUAAAUCAGGCCUCAAGAGUGAAGCUCUCUUCAAAGAGAUUGGCAAACGCAUCUCAGAUCACCCUGAACUUGUUAAGAAAGUCAAGGGCAUAUUUGAGUGGAAUAUUACAAAGGGUGGAAAGACCGCUGGUCAGUGGACUGUGGACCUCAAAACUGGCUCUGGUUCCGUGACGGAAGGUCCAUGCAAGCAAGGCAAGGCCGACUGCACCAUAACUGUUGAGGAUGAUGAUCUGGCUGCUAUUGCCAUGGGAAAAGCAAACCCUCAAGAGCUAUUCAUGAAGAGUAAGUUGAAAGUCAAAGGUAAUAUCAUGCUCACUACAAAGUUGGGUCAACUUUUCAAGGACCAAGCCAAGUUGUAGUUGGGUAAACAGCCUGAAUAGUGCUAAUGUCAAACAUUUCCGCUUCUGUUUCAAUUUGUUACUACAGUUUUUGAGAGAUUUAAAUGUCGUGGAAGGAAACUUGUGAUGUCGUUUUUUUCCAGUUUUAUUAUGAAAGUGCUACAAUAUCAAACCCUCUUAACAUUAAGGGGACCAGAAAGAUAAAAUCGCCCGCGUAUGAAGUGUGGUAUCUUCGAGACAAGUAGAACUGUUAUUAAUAGAGAGAUUACACCAUGUAAGGAAUCCAAGACAGUCUUGGAUUGUGGAUUCCACGCCGUGGAUUCUGAAUUCCAGGUACUGGAUUUUGGAUUGUUUGAUAGGGGAACGUGGAUUCCAGAUUCCAGUAGUUAGUUGGACUUCGGAUUCCUUGAGCUGUAUUCUGGAUUCCAGUGCCCAGGAUUCUGGAUUCCACAACUCAAAUUUCCCGGAUUACGGAUUCUACAAGCAAACAUUUCCCAGAUUUCAGAGUACGGAUUCUUUUACAUGGGGCGGGAGAGUGUCUGUAUUGUGGAGUUGUCUGUAGAGUUGACUACAUUUGCUCAUUAACUCAAAUCUCUCCUCCACAGAAGCUAAAGGGGUUUUUGUCUUGCUGGGUAAGGUGGUAGACAUUGGCAGAUUGAUCUUUCAGUUUUAUCGGCUGCUCUGCGGAGGACAGAGUGAUCACAUACAGUUCCUUCAGUUUACAACAAUAACCGACUCAUCAGUUAGACUUUCUGCGACGUAACGUGUUAGUAACGUUCUAAGUAAAAGUCAGGGCUGCAAAUAACGGACAACAGGUUGCCGGUCAUGAUGACCGGCCAAAUAUUUUUUAGCCCGGACAAACCCCGAUUCUGGACGGUCAAAUAAUGAAUACUAAUAAUUCUUUUUUGCCAUAUCCAGUUAUGCUGGCAAUAGAUCGUUAUUACUGCAUUGACGUUCACAUUUUUGACAGCAAAUUAGUGAAAAAUGCAUUCGCACGUUGUAGAGUUCCUUUCCGCGGUUUUCGGGCGUUUUAAUGUUACGUUCUACCUUGAGUAUCAUUGCAUGGCGGUGUCUGAAGUCUCUAGAGGUAAAAAGUGAAGCGUAAAUCCUUUUCAAACUCCCAAGGUUCAGGAAACGGAAUACACAUACAGUUCAGCAAACUUUAGAAAUUACGAAAAAAAAAAAAAAUUGGGUUAUUUUACAAAAUCUGCACAGGCUUGUUUUACGUUGAUGUUCCGAAAUGAACAUCGGUGAAACUUGAUCUUUUUCCUUGCCUGGCAUGUGAUCGAAAGUCACUUCUUCAAAGAAGAAUCGUCACUGAUAUUUUCGGCAAAGAAGUUGAUUUGCAUUGGCGAGAAGUUUGUUCCACAAACAGCGUGUUGAUGAUCAGAAGUCCAUAAAUAAAUUUGGGUCAUCGCGCAACAUUUUAUCGCGAAGGGGUCAAAUGUCAACAGAAAUUUGCAUAAAGUUGUUUACAAGAACGAGAAUCUAGCGCCGCGAUAGACGACGACCUUCCCUCUUGAGUAGUUUAAAUUUUUAUCAGACCAUUCUGGAAUCGAGUCUGCAAACGAGAUUCAUGUUCGACAUAAAAGAAAUCGAUGCGCUAACAUUUAUUCCCGGAGAAACACAGGACGACCUGUUGAGAAUUGCGAUCGAUUUGCCUGAAUUCCUUCGAAUUCCCAAAGAAGGUCACAUUGCUGAUUACAGCAAAGCCGAAAGUACAGUACGACUUGCAACGUUGCGUUACUUUCCAACUCAGUUUGUUAUUCACUUUGCUGCGUUAGAUUACGACAUGACGACAUGAAAUUAAUUUAUUGCGGCGUUCUUUUUCUUAGAAGGGUUUAGUACAAAGCAGCAAAAAACGCCAAAGAAAAAGAAAUCAUUACAGCGUUAUAGAGCAUUAAGCGACAACUGUGUAAGUGUUUGUAUCCAAAAAUGACCGGUCAAAAUGACCGGCAAGACCGGAGUUUGACCGGUCAAGUCCGCGAUCAGGCCGGACAUUGUCCGUUGACCGGCCGUUAUUUGCAGCCCUGAAAGUUAACCCAGAAAAUUACUAAUAGGGGUUGAAAACUCCUGACGAGUUUCUACCCGACCUCAGCACUCUGAUUUGUGAUACAGACACAAACAGCGUAGCGCAAAGUGUCCGCAUUACGAAAGAAAAGUGGUUGUAUGAAGUUUGGUGUCUCUGAGAUAAUAAAGAGAGGCUAGACUGAACAAGUGCACUUACACAA